AAGAUGAUGAGUGAGUAAGUGAUGACAGGGAAGAUUCAAGAUCGGAACAAGUUUGGAUAAGAAAAAGUUUGGUCACUCUGUUAGUCAACAUUGUAUCUCUAUGUAAGUGUCUAGUAAAAGUUGAAAGAAUUGAAAUGUUUACCAAAUUGGAUUAAACAAUUGGAAUACAAUUGAAACAAUUAACAAUAAAUAUCAAAAGACGAAUCUCAAAAUGGAUUUACUCAAUUCAUCAUAUUUCAUCUGUUUUUAUAUCAUACUCAAUGUUGCUAAAGAGGUUUGGUCACUUGAAAUAACCCAAUUUGUUGUACCUAAAUUAGCCGUUGUUGGUAAAUCGUAUGAACUUAAAUGUUCAAUUAGAGCAAAUGAAGGUAAAUUGGCAAUCAUUAAAUGGUAUCGAAACGAUUCGGAAAUAUAUCGAGUUCAAAUAAAACCCGCAAAGACCAAAAUAUUUCCUGCAGUUGGAAUCAAUAUUAAUCAAAAUAAAUCAUCUUUAGGGACAAUUGUGUUAGAAAAUGUUACCCAAGAAACUGGUGGAAAAUUUCGCUGUGAAGUUACUAAAGAACCCGACUUCAGUACAGCCGAAGAUGAAGAGACUAUGGUUGUUACCGAAAUGUUACCUCAAAUCUCCGGAGAUUCAAGUCAAUCUUCAUCGACCGUUAUCCAAAGAGCUACUGCGUUGAUAACAAUUACUUUAGUGUUGCUGUUUACCUGUUGACUGUUGAACUAAACGAAGACGGCAAAAGUCGAAACACAUCUUUCAACAACUAACAUUUAUCUUGCUAAUUUGGGUUCCUAAACAUUUGGAUGAAUCGAUAGAGAAAAGUGUUGAAGAGAAAAGCAACAAUUAACUUGAUUAGUGCUCAAAUAUAUCAUGAAAAAGUCAUCAAUUUUUCUCUUUAAACAAUGGUGUUACAAGAAGACGAAAAAUGCCUUUCAAAUUGGAUGUUAAAGUGACAUAUAAAAGGACAAAAAAACUAAUAUUGUUUGUAUUAUUGUGAACAAAGUGUCAAUUGUUUUGCUAAUCAUCUCAUCAUAAUUAAAGGUAAGCUUUGCCUUCACCAAAUCAACUAAUCAUCUCUCAUUUAACCCCUGAUUUCCUAGUGAAUUGCAGAUGAACUUGGAUUCAAUUGUUUUUAAAUCUUUCGUUUUGUUACAAUAAACUGAAAAACAUUAAACCUUGUAGAUUGAUUGGAAAAUAAUAAAUAUUAUUGAGUUAUCAUUUCGAUUAAA